AUGAGUGACCAUUAUGAAAUAGUCAAGACUGAACUCGAACAGAUGAAAUCUUCGGGCGAUGGCUUGGAGACGGAGGCAGCGGCCGAUGAGGACCAGCUGUCGCCAGUGAGCCAACCGGCACGUGUAUCUCCAAUCCCCGCUGCAGUCACCCUCACAGUCCGGAGAGACGCCUCCAAGUCUUCGGUUAACACUAGAAACCGCAGCAAAAGUAGGGGUAAACUAAGUAAUCAGGACAGGAGCCCGAACGAGAAACGGGAUUCUGACGUUACGCCCCAUGGGUCGAGGGAAUGCGUUCCUGGCAAGGGACUUGGCCGCAUUGGUAGUGAACAGAUUCUUCAGAUCAAAGGGACAGGUAAAAUUCUGCAGGGAAAAACUGAAACAAAUGGCAACAAUGUGCCCAACCAAAAGCAGAGAGAAGGGAAAUUUGUGCUUGGAAAAGGGGAUGGAAACAAAGUUGCCAAAAAGAAACCUGUUACCGUGGACACCUCCAAAGCCAAGACCUCACUGGAGGCGCUAAAACUCAGCAUUCGACAGCUCAAAUGGAAAGAGGUCUCUGUGAGCCGGCGUUCAGCCUGUGAUAUUUAUUGGCAUGGUGUCUCUUUCCAUGAUAACGAGAACAUCAUCUCUGGACAGGUCAACAAGUUCCCAGGAAUGAUUGAGAUGUUGAGGAAGAUCAACCUGAGUCGGGCCGUGCGGACCAUGCAGCAGCUCUUCCCAGACGACUAUAAUUUUUACCCUCGUUCUUGGAUCAUGCCCGAGGAAUAUCAGCUCUUCUCCACACAGGUCCGUCUUAUGAAGGAGCUGGACCCCACCCUGAAGCCCACCUUCAUCGUGAAACCUGACAGCGGUUCCCAGGGUGACGGCAUCUACCUGAUCCGCGAGCCGGCGGAGCUGCGUGUGCUGUCGGGCUGUCAGCUCAAACAGGCCGUGGUGCAGGAGUACAUCCAGAAACCGCUCCUCAUCGACAAACUCAAGUUCGACAUUCGCCUCUAUGUCCUCAUCCGCUCCUUAGAACCACUGGAGAUCUACAUCGCUAAAGAAGGUCUGUCUCGGUUUUGCACGGAACCUUACCAGGAGCCGAGCCAACAGAACCUCAGCCACGUCUUCAUGCAUCUGACCAACUACUCGCUGAACGUGCAGAGUGGGAACUUCGUCCACUCUGACAGCUUCAGCACGGGAAGCAAGAGGACCUUCUCCAGCGUGCUCUACCGCGUGGCGUCGAAAGGAGUGGACAUAAAGAAGGUUUGGUCAGACAUUAUCGCUCUGGUCAUAAAAACCGUCAUCGCUCUGGUCCCUGAGCUUAAAGUUUAUUACCAGGCUGAUAUUCCACCAGGCAAACCAGGACCCACCUGCUUCCAGAUCCUGGGUUUUGACAUUCUCCUGAUGAAGAAUUUGAAGCCAGUCCUGUUGGAAGUGAAUGCCAACCCCAGCAUGAGGAUUGAACACGAGCAGGAGGUCUCUCCCGGUGUGUUUCAGUAUGUGCCAAGCCCAGUGGAUGAGGAGGUGAAGGUAGGAGUGAUCAGAGAUACAUUACGCCUAGUGGAUCCUGCCCUGAGAAAGAAAUACACAGGAUCUCCAGAGGAGGAAAUCCAGGUGGAGGCGGAGUUAGUGGAGAAGGCGGAGUCUGCAGGGGUCCUGCCCUCUCUGUGUCUAAAGCAGGUCUUCCCUAAGUACACCAAACAGUUUCACUCUCUGCGCAUCGUUGAGCGGAUUGCUGCCAUCUUUCUGCGCUUCCUUGGAGUUAAAGGAACCAUGAAACUGGGCCCAACUGGGUUCCGCACAUUCAUCAGGAACUGUAAACUGACAAAUGGCGGCUUCUCCAUGGCGUCAGUGGACAUCCUUUACAUCGACAUCACACGCCGCUGGGCGUCUGCUGUGCCUGACUCCAGAGAAGCAGGGAUGUGUCUGCAGGCUUUUGUGGAGGCGUUUUUCUACCUGGCUUCUCGCAGGUUCAAAGCCUUGUCUCUCAGGGAGCAGGUUCUCUCCCUGCUGGACAUCUGUGAAACUGCAAUUCAGAAGCAUGGCCAGGAGGAUAAGCCACGCCCACAAAAACAUCACACAAAUGUUAACCCCACCCACAACGCAGCCCCACCCCCUCUCGAUUCUCCUGCUGAUGGAUGCGGACAUCACCACUACCACGAUGAGAGGGUGAGAAGAGGACUGGACACGCCCUCUCCAGACUCAGGGCGGGGGAGACGAAAGCUGUGUAAAGACAGCGCUGCGUUCAGACGAAAGCUGUGUGAAGACAGCGCUGCGUUCAGACGAAAGCUGUGUGAAGACAGCGCUGCGUUCAGACGAAAGCUGUGUAAAGACAGCGCUGCGUUCAGACGAAAGCUGUGUAAAGACAGCGCUGCGUUCAGACGAAAGCUGUGUAAAGACAGCGCUGCGUUCAGACGAAAGCUGUGUGAAGACAGCGCUGCGUUCAGACGAAAGCUGUGUAAAGACAGCGCUGCGUUCAGACAGACCAGUGUAAUCAGUAGGAUGCCUAUGGAACUGUAUUCUGGGAAUGUGAUUGUUUUGGCUUGUAGUGCUGAACAGAGGAUGUAG